AAAAUCCUCAAAUAAAAUUCAAAGUGCGUGUUUUUGAAAGACAAGCUCCCGGGAAAAGGUAUUUUUGACUAAAAUACGCAAAAAUACAAUCAAAUUAGGAUUGUUUUGUACAUAAAAAGAAUCUAAAGGACGGCACAGGAUGACGACAAAAAGGAGGAAUUUGGGGGAUUUAAAUAGCGACAAUUGGGAUCAGGAGGAUGCCCCCGAGGAGAAGGGCACCUUCCGGAAGGCUUCAGAGGACGAAAUCAAGAAUAGAGUGAUCAGAACUGCCCGACGACGCGUCGUGCCAACAACAGAUUCAAAAGAUGCUCCCCCGCCGGGAAUUUUCAGUGGUUUUGGGGGUUUCACGAAGACAACAACAGCACCAGCUGCCAUGAGUUCCCCAUUUGCUUUCCUCAGUAAGGCAUCAACAUCGCCCACUGUGACGUCUACAAAUGGACCCCCAAAAGCUCCCGAGGAGAAGAAAAGUGACGAUGGGGCGAAGAAUGGGGGGAAUGAGUAUCACAGGAAGUUGGUGGAAUUGAACAAGUCCUUGCUGGCGUGGGUGAAGAGUAAGAUUGAGCAGAAUCCCCUUAUUAUACUGACGCCCAUCUUUACGGACUACGAGAAGCACUUGAAGGAUAUUCAGAAGUUGGAUGUGCCCCAAACUCCUCCGGCUGCAGCAACGACGGUGUCACCACUGAAGGGUUUCUCUUUUGGAAUGCCGCCAACUAACAGUACACCACUUGGAGAGACCACAGCAAAACCAACGGCAUCGGCACCUAUUUUUGGCUCCUCCCUGACAGCUUCAGCAUCCACGGGAUUCUCUUUUGGUGCAGCGAAGCCCUUCACAUUUGGCAAUGUUGCCAAGCCAGCGAGUUCGGAGGAUGACAAGGCAAAGGAGGAGAAGGGUGAGGAGAAUGACGAGGAGAACGAUGAACCGCCCAAAGUUACCUUCACGCCGGUCGUUGAGGAGGACAGCGUCUUCUCGAAGCGCUGCAAGGUCUUCAUAAAGAACGACGAUGGGUACAAGGAGCGUGGUAUUGGUACACUCUACCUCAAAUCCGUCAAUGAUGGCAAGAAAAUUCAGCUAAUUGUGCGCGCCGACACGAGUCUGGGCAAUGUACUUGUCAAUCUUCUCCUCACAAAAGGCGUUCCAGCUAAACUCCUGGGUAAGAACAACGUGAUGAUGGUCUGCGUUCCCAGUGCGGACUUUGACAAACCCGUCUCAAUGCUGCUACGAGUGAAGAACACAGAGGAAGCUGAGGAACUCCUCGCGGCCAUUGAGAAGUACGCCACGGACUGAGCGCGCAGUGAGUGUUUUAAAACAUGAAGAACUUUGUAUUCUUUUUCUGUCAUACAUUUAAUUUUUAGAGAAGCGAUUAAUCUAUACAUGUGAAUAUAAUAUAAAUAUUAAAUAAUGUCACGGAGACACGAAAGAAAAGAAAAAAAAGAUAAAUCCCCUGUAAAUGGAAUAAAAGAGACCCAUUUAGUUGGGCAGACGCUUCUUAAUGAG